UCAAAGGUUAAAGACAGGCGCAGCGGCGCAAUGGAUAUACCCAAACAACAUCAAACAAAGAAAGCAACAACACCAAAGGCAAGGAAACAACAUCGCAUAUCUUUUCCAGUCCUCAUGGCUUGGGGGAUCAGGAACCGUAUACAAUACCUUGUGGCCAUCCUUUUCACCCUCCUAGUCGUUACCACCUUCUUCAUCACAGGAAAGAACAACAUGCAGUCCUCGCCGUCGCCGUCACCGUCAGAAUGUAUUAAUUUUCUUUCCGGCAACCUCACAGGAAAGAACGAGGUGCAAUCGUCGUUUGACACUACUCUUGCGAUAGAUGAGAAUUCCAGUGACGGCUCACCGCCGUCCCAAUGCGAUUACUUUUCCGGCAAAUGGGUUUACGAUAACUCGUCCCACCCUCCAUACUCCUGGCAGCAAUGCUCUUACAUUUCAGAUCAAGUGGCUUGCGAGAAGUUUGGGAGAAAGGACAUAAAUUAUCAGAAUUGGAGGUGGCAACCACACCAAUGUGAUCUCCCAAGGUUCAAUGCCACAGUAUUAUUGGAGAAGCUGAGGGGAAAAAGGCUUGUUUAUGUUGGGGACUCCCUUAAUAGGGGUCAAUGGGUAUCUAUGGUUUGCCUUUUAGAGUCCUCAAUCCCACAGGAGCAGAAGUCCCUAGACUGGGGUGGGCCGGAUGGAGCUUUGAUCACCUUCAAGGCUAAGGAGUAUGAUGCAAAAAUCGAGUUCUAUUGGGCUCCUCUUCUGUUGGAAUCAAACUCAGACCAUCCAUUUAACCAUCGUCUACCUGACCGAUUCGUUAGAAUCCAAGCAAUCGAGAGGCACGCCAGAUACUGGACAGACGCAGAUAUACUCGUCUUCAACUCCUAUCUUUGGUGGAGAAGACCCAAAAUGAAGCUCUUGUGGGGCUCGUUUGAUAGUUCCGACGGAAUUUACAAAGAGGUAGAUAUGCUGCGCAGCUAUGAAAUGGCCCUCAAGACGUGGUCGGAUUGGGUAGAAAUCCAUGUCAACCAUACCAAGACCCAAUUAUUCUUUGCGAGCAUGUCGCCCACACACUUAUGGAGUUAUGAGUGGAGCAAUGCAAAGGAGGGAGAGGGGAAUUGUUACAAUGAGACGGAGCCCAUAACAACAGAAGGACACUGGGGUGGAGGAUCAGAUUCAAGGAUGAUGCGGCUAGUGGAAGCAGCAAUCGAAGGGUUGGGGAGGAGAGGAGUGACGGUGCAGAUGUUGAAUAUCACACAGUUGUCGGAGUACCGGAAAGAAGCCCACCCUUCCAUAUACAAGAGGCAAUGGGAGUCCAUCACUCAGGAGCAAAUCUCUAAUCCCACAUCCUAUGCUGAUUGCAUCCAUUGGUGCCUCCCCGGUGUACCAGACGUCUGGAAUGAGAUCCUCUACGCCCUCCUUCUCCCUUCUUUUUCUAAUUCUUCUUCUUCAUCUUCUAAUUCUUCCUCUAUUUCUUCUUCUUCUUCGUCUUAGGAGAAUUCUUCUGUUGACCUUAAACGAAAACUUCCCAAAAUUUGGGUCUGUUUGUAUCUACGUGAAAUUAUACAUAUCAAAUUGUGCCUGUAAUUUUUUUCCAAUUUUUUGUUUGCAAGAAAUAAUAUAUGAAGCAAAAAAUCAUUUGUUUGCCA